AUGGAGCCCAACAGCCAACUGCCUCAGAACGAUGUUCUGGAGCGCUUGUUUCACACGGAGCAGUUAGUGGUGCAGCUCAAAGAUCUUAUUAGGCAGAGAGACCAUGAAUUACAACAGAAAGAUGCUACUCUUGAGGAGGAACGAAAAGCUGCUGAAGACAAAAUAAAGAAAAUGCGACUUCAUGCUAAAGCAAAAAUAACAUCUCUGAAUAGACAGCUGGAAGAGAUGAAGGCACAGUCUGCCCUGCCUACUGAAUCUCAGCGGGAGGAGCAACACUCCAGGCAUGAAACGAGUUCAACUGAGGAAGAUGAGGAAAUAUACCAUAUCAAACAGAAACUUGCGGAGAAAGAUGAACUUAUUAACAGUUUGCAAGCCCAGCUUAUGCAAGCUCAGGCAGAACAAGCAGCACAGUUCAAUAAAAGUUCUGCACAAAUAGAAGAAGUUACAAGGAUGAAGCAUGAACUCACAGAGAAGAAUGAACUUAUUAACACUUUGCAAGCUCAGCUUAGCCAGACUCAGGAAGAGCAAGCUGCACAGUUGAGCUCCAUGCAGCAGGUGGUUCGAGAGAAAGAUGCCCGCUUUGAGACACAAGUUCGUCUUCAUGAAGAUGAGCUUCUUCAGUUAGUAACACAGGCAGAUGUGGAAACACAGAUGCAGCAGAACCUGAGAGUGUUGCAGAGGAAGCUUGAAGAGCAUGAAGAAGCCCUGUCUGGUCGUGCUCAAGUAGUGGACUUGCUGCAGCAAGAGCUGAAUACUGCUGAGCAGCGCAACGAGGUUCUAGUCCAGCAGGUGAAAGAGAUGGAAGAGGAGAAGAAUAGUUUAAGGAGCACUCUCGAAACGGAAAGGCAGGAGUCUAAGAUCCUCAUGAAACAAAUGGAAUCUGAGUUGGAAGAGAAGAACUUAUCCUUCCUCAAGCUACAGGAAGAAACGCAUCAUCUUGCUGAACAGCUUGAUCAUACAAGACAGGCCCAGGCUGACCUCGAGUCACAAUAUAAAGCCCUGGAGCAAAAGCACAGAGAGGAGAUGGAGGAGAAAACUGUUCACGUUUUGAGUCUUCAGAAGAUUGAACAAGAGCUACAGUCUUCCUUUGAUGCUCUGAAGGAGCAGAAUUCAAAGCUCCUUCAAGAGAACCAUGAGCAGUCUGUUCAGUCAGCUAAAGCCAUUAAGGAGCUGGAAGAUCAACUCCAUGAAAAAUGCAAAGAAAUUAGCCAAUUUCUGACUGAACCAACUUUGCAAAAACGUGAGAUAGAGUCUCAGACUUCUUUUCCAGAUGUCUAUAAUGAGGAAAUACAGGCAGUCACAGAGGAAAAUAUUGCCUCUCUGAAAAAGAGAGUGAUAGAACUAGAGAAUGAAAAUGGAACCUUGCUCCUUAGAUCUAUGGAGUUGGAAGAGCUGAAAUCUGAGAAUGAAAAGCUGUCUUCCAAGAUUACUUUCAUGGAAACUCAGAAUGUAACUGGAAAGACAGAUAGAGAAGUCAGCCCGAUUGGCAUACUUGAUAAAACUUGUCUCAACAAUAACAGCUCUUCUACUGAGGAGAUUGGGCCCAGUGGCCAGAAACAUACAGCAUUAUCAGUUUUACUAUUGGAAAUGGAAGAGGCUCAAGAAGACAUUGCAUUUCUUAAAUCACAAUUAAAGGGCAAAAGAGCUGAAGGAGGCUCAGAAGCCCUUUGCCUGAAUGAAAUCAAUCAGACUGAAGAAAUACCUCCAGUUGGAAUGAAUAUAUCACUUGAUGAUACUGGAAAAAACAUUCCCUUCAUGCCAGAUGAAGAGAGCAGUCCUCCAGAAAUUGAAAAGAAAGAGCAGGCAAGCAUUAAACAUCAAAAUGGAGAAGCUGAAAAACUGUCUCUUAAUGAUGCUAGUAUAGAAUUGAAAUCAAAACAAGAUGCUGUUGAUAAAUUCCCUCCUUUGACACCAGAUUCUCAGCAGGAUGAGCUGGAAAAACUAAAAAAGAAAAUUUUGGAGCUUGAGCUGAAUUUUAGUAAGGCAGAAGAAAGUUAUGAAAAUAAUUUAUAUGAAAAAAUGAAGGAAAUAAACGAGUUAACUCAGUUAAUUGACGACUUGAAGAAAAAUGCUGAAAAUACAAGUAGUGCAUUCACUGCUUUGUCUGAAGAAAGAGACCAGCUUCUUUCUCAGGUAAAGGAACUGAAUGUAAUAGCAGAACUGAAGGCUCAGGUACAACAACUGGAAGCAAAGCUCAUAGAAGCAGAAAAACAAAGAAAACUAGACUUUGAAAGCCAGACUACUCAUCAAAACCUGCUCACUGAACAGAUUUACAGCCUCAACAUAGAAGCCAAAUCUAAAGAUGUGAAAAUGGAAGCUUUACAGAGUGAGCUGGAUAAUAUGCAACUUCAGUUUUCUGAACAGAGCACACUGAUAAAAAGCCUACAGAACCAGCUGCAGAUUAAGGAAAAUGAAGUGCUGGGAUGGGAGGAGCGUUUGCGUGAUAUCUCAGUUAAGAUGGAAGAACUUUCACAUGCUCUCUCACACAAGGAGCUUGAAAUAACAAAGCUAGAUCAGCUUCUACUGGAGAAAAGUAAGGAUGUUGAAACUCUCCAACAAACUAUCAAAGAGAAAGAUCAGCAAGUGACAGAAAUCAGCUUUAGUAUGACUGAGAAAGUGAUUCAACUUAAUGAAGAGAAGUUUUCUCUUGGAGUUGAAAUUAAGACACUUAAAGAACAACUGAAUAUGUUAUCGAAAGCGGAAGAAACGAGAAAACAGCAUGUACAAAAAGAUAAAGAAGUUGAUUCUGACCUUAAACUUAACAAUGAUGAAGUGAAUCCAUCAGGGCUUAAAAGUCGAGAAGAACUGCAGCAUGAAUUGGAUGUUCUAAAGAAAGAAAGUGAGCAGCGAAAGAGAAAACUCCAGGCAGCUCUUCUUCACAGACGGGAACUUCUACAACAAGUCAGUAGAUUAGAAGAGGAAUUGGUGAAAGUUAGAGAUGAAUCUACAAAAGGCAUUCCAUUGAAUGUGAAUGAGAAAGGGGAAAUGGAAGAAGAUAAAGAAAAUAAAACAGACUCAGAAAAAUGUGUGAGUGCAGUGUGCCAAGAAAUAGAAAUCCAUUUAAAACAGGCAAUAUCUGAUAAAGAAAUGGAACUACAGCAUGUUAGGAAGGAUUUGGAAGAAAAACUCUUAACUGAAGCACAGUUACAAGCCACUAUAAAACAGAUGAUUGAGAAUUUGCAAGAUAAGACAAACUUAAUAGACUUGCUACAAGCACAAAUAACCGAAAAACAGGAGGUUAUCCAGAAAUUAACCACGAGUAAUAAAGAUGCAGGUGACAGAGACUCAGUACCUUCUGUGAAAGACACAGUGGAGGUCAUGCCAGCUGAAGCAGGUGGUGGAGAACCACUCAAGCGAGAACAGCUAGAAGAAAAGAUUAUGGCCCUUCAAACAGAAAAGGAACAACUUCAAAAGAAACUACAGGAAGUGGCAGCCUCACGCAAGGGAAUUGUAAAAAAGGCACAGGAAAUAGAAAAACAUCUUAGGAAGGAGCUAAAGCAACAAAAAGAUGACUAUAAUCACUUGCAAGAACAGUUUAAUGCACAAAGUAUGGAAAAUGAAAACAUUAAAGCCCAACUUGGACAACUCCAGAUUCAAGUAAAGGAUUCUUUAGAGAGAAGACUCCCACCAGGCACUGACCAGGAAGAAUCAACUUCAUUCACUCAAGAUUUAGAGGAUCCUUUAUUCAAAGCUACAGAGAAGCAACUUUCCCAGCCUGCUUCAGACUUGACUUCUCACAGUAAUGAUGCAUACACUCUGCAGAACAGUACUUUUAUUGACCAAAUUAAGGCACAGCUGAGAGAAAUAGAGGCUGAAAAUGAAGAGUUAAAACUGAAGGUUAAUUCAACAUUAAGUACGCUUACUCAAAAGUCAGAUGAGGUAGUCCAGUUACAAGAGCAGGUAGAUAAGCAGGCUUCAGAAAUCCAAACUCUGAAGAUAGCAGCCCAUGAAUCUGAAGUCCAUACAGAAAGUCUGCAGCGGACAUUGGAAAGCAGUCAACUAGAAAUUGCUAAAUUAGAACAUCUCAGAGAAUUACAGCCUACACUAGAUGAACAGCAAACACUAAUAAAUAAAAAGGAAGAAGAAACCAGCUAUCUUUCUGGACAGCUUAGUGACAAAGAGAAUAUCCUUGCUAAACUGAAGACAGAGAUGAGAGAACAAGAAGACCACGUUAAGAUUUUACAAAUGCAACUGGAAAUGCAAGCUAAAGAACAUGAUGAGAAGAUGAAGCAGUUACAGGAGGAAAUUAGUGAAAUGAAGCACAAACUUGAAGAAAAUGAAAAAGAAGGUAAAACAAAGCAGCAAAUACAAAGAAAGCUUCAAGCUGCCCUUAUUUCUCGAAAAGAAGCACUACAACAAAAUAAAGACCUCCAAGAGCAGUUGUCUUUGGCCAAAGAUAGCAUUGAAUGUCUUACCAAGAAUCUGACCGACAUAGAAAAUCAAGUUUCUGCCCAAAAUAAAGAAAAAGAUACACUCUUAGAAAGGUUAGGCCAACUUCAAGAAGAAAAAGAUGAACUUCUUGCUGGAAUGGACAAAUCUUUAUUAGAAAAUAAAAAUCUCAGUUGGUCUUGUGAAAGUCUAAAGUUGGCUCUGGAGGGUCUAACUGAAGACAAAGAAAAGUUAGGGAAAGAAAUGGAAUCUCUGAAAUCUUCUCAUAUUGCAGAAAUCACUGAAUGGCAAGAGAAACACAAAGAGCUACAAAAAGAGUAUGAGGUUCUUCUACAGUCUUAUGAAAAUGUUAGUAAUGAGACAGAAAGGAUCCGGCAUGUGGUAGAAACUGUGAGACAAGAGAAGCAAGAAUUGUAUGGCAAAUUGUUGAGUGUGGAUGCGAGCAAGAAAGAAACAGAAAAACAAUUAGAGGAAGCAGAACAGAAAAUGAAAGAGAAGAUGAGAAAAUUUGUUAAAUCUAAGCAGCAGAAAAUUAUAGAACUAGAAGAAGAAAAUGACCGGCUGAGAGCAGAGAACUUAUCUUUAGUAGAUAAAGUUAACGAAGAUAGGAAAGCACUUCUUUCUUCUAAUUCUGAUAAGAAGGAAAUACUAGAAAAAGUCGCCAUAGAAUAUGAAACCCUUUCCAAUGAAUUUGAGGCUUCAUCGACUGAGCAUAAUAUGUUAACUCCAGAGCUUCAAGAUACUAAGCAACAGGUAGAAGAUAGUACAUCUGAACAAACCAGUCUUGAAAAACAGGGCAACCAAAUGGAUAUUGUUGAAGGGGCAGUGCAGACCAUAACAGAUGGGGCUAAAAAGCCAGAACCUGAAAGUAUGAGUACAAGGCCUGAAUAUUCAGCAUCCAUUCUAUCAGAGAAUAGUGCCAACAGAGAUCAUGGCAUAAGUGAAAAUGCUAUCUCACAUAGUGAAAUUAAUAAUUACCUACAGCAGAUUGAUCAGCUCACAGAAAGAAUUGCUGAAUUAGAUAAAGAGAUGAAUAAAAUAAAAGGAUGUAAUCAGGUACUAGAAAAUGAGAGAAAUGCUUUACUUAGCCAAGUGCAAUCAAAGGAUAGUGAAUUAAAAAUACUUGAGGAAGAAGUAGCCAGAAUAAACUUGAUAAAUCAACAAAACCAAGAAGAACUUUCCAGAGUUACCAAAUUAAAGGAGAAAGUAGAAGAGGAGAAAGAUGACUUAGAAGAGAGACUGAUGAAUCAACUGGCAGAACUUAAUGGAAGCAUUGGGAAUUAUUGUCAGGAUGUUACAGAUGCCCAAAUAAAAAAUGAACAACUUGAAUCUGAAAUGCAGACUCUUAAAAAGUGUGUGAGUGCAUUGGAAGAAGAAAAGCAGAAAUUAGUUAAAGAAAAAACAAAAGUGGAAUCUGAAAUACGAAAAGAAUAUAUGGAGAAAAUACAAGGUGCCCAGGAAGGACCUAACAUUAAAGCCCAUACAAAAGAGCUUCAAGAGCUGUUAAAAGAAAAACAGCAGGAAGUAAAGCAGUUGCAGAAAGACUGCAUCAGAUAUCAAGAUAAAAUGAAUGUCAUGGAGAAAACUAUUAAGGCCCUAGAAUUUGUUCAGUCUGAGUCCCAAAAGGACUUGGAAAUAAGCAAAGAAAAUCUGGCUCAAGCAGAUGAACAAGGCAAGAAGGCACAAGCAGAAUUAGCCAAUCUCAGAGUACUGCUGGAUGACACUCAAAGUGAAGCAGCCCGAGUACUAGCAGAUAAUCUCAAGUUGAAAAAAGAACUUCAGUCAAAUAAAGAAUUAGUUAAAAGACAAAUGAAACAGAAGGAUGAUGAUCUUGAACAAAUACUCGAUCAGGCAGAAGAAAAACACCAGAAAGAGAAGAAGAUCAUGCAAGAGAAACUGGAUGCUUUAUGUCAAGAAAAAAUCCAAUUAGAAGAGUCUUUUGGAGAAAUUCAGUUUACUUUGGACAAUAAAGACAUAGAACUUAAGCAACUUGAGAAAUCUCUGGACAGUAGUGUGGCCCAGCUGUCAGCCUUUACUAAGAGCAUGUCUUCCCUCCAGGAUGAUCGAGAUAGGGUUAUAGAGGAAGUCAGGACAUGGGAAAAGAAGUUCAAUGAUGCGAUUCAGACCAAAGAAGAUGAACUUAGACUCAAGGAGGAGAAUUGUUGUGUUUUAAAGGAUCAGCUUAAGCAGAUGACCAUCCAUAUGGAAGAAUUGAAGAUCAACAUUUCCAGACUUGAGCAUGACAAGCAGACCUGGGAGUCCAAGGCCCAGACACAGGUUCAUGAUCAACAGAAGGUCUGUGAUAUUCUACAGGGAGAAAAUAAAGAACUUGGGUCUCAGCUAGAAAAAACUUUAUACUUAUAUCACAAUUCUCAGAAUGAACUUGCCAAGUUGGAAUCAGAACUUAAGAUUCUCCAAGACCAGUUGGCCGAGUUAAGGAACUCUGUAGAAGAAUGUAACAAAAACAAAGAAAAUUUGGAAGCUUUAGUAAAGCAGCAAGAAACUGAUAUCCAAAGUUUAAAGAUCAGUUGUGAACAGCUAGAGACUGAUCUUCAGAUAUCCAGGGACCUGACCAAUAGACAACAGGAAGAAAUAAAUACAAAAGAGCAGAAGAUUCAGAGCCUAAUCUCUGCCAAGGAAGAGGCAAUCCAAGCUGCUCUUUCACAACUACACCAACAACAUGAUCAUGAAAUUAAAGAACUGGAAAAUCAGCUAUCCAAAAAGGAAGAGGAGCAUAAGACCACAUUGGACAGAAGUAAUGAGCUCAUGGAAGCACUGAACACCAUCAAAAAGGAAAGCAGUCAGCAAAAGAUUCAGCUGGAUUCUUUUGUUAAAUCAAUGUCUUCUCUCCAGGAUGACCGAGACCGUAUAGUAGGUGACUACCAACAGCUGGAAGAACGCCAUCUCUCUAUAAUCUUAGAAAAAGACCAGCUCAUUCAAGAUGCUGCCACAGAGAAUAAUAAGCUUAAGGAAGAGACGAGAGGCUUGAGAAGUCAUAUGGAUGAUCUCAAUUCUGAAAAUGCUAAGUUACAUGCAGAACUGUUGCAAUACAGAGAAGACUUGAACCAAGUCAUCACAAUAAAGGACUGUCAGCAAAAGCAACUCCUUGAAGCUCAACUACAGCAGAAUAAUGAGCUGAAAGGUAAAUGUGCUAAAUUAGAAGAAAAUCUGAAAAAGUCUGAAGAAGCAAAAGAGGCUCUGGAGAGAUCCUCUGUUACUCUGCAGGAGGAGAAGCAAUGUUUAUCUAAAGAAAUGGAGAGUUUAAAGUUAUUCACAGCUCAACUAAAGGGGCAAGUAGAAGUCUUGCAAGAAGAUGCUUCAGAAUUAUUCCAAACCCAAUUAAAACUAAAGGAAGAGGAGAUACAGAAGCUAAGUACAGCCCUGUCCUCAACCCAGAACAGAAUUAAGGACUUGGAGGAGGAAUUAAUUCAUGUUCAGAAAGAAGCUUCCAAGAAAGUAGGUGAAAUGGAAGAUAAACUAAAGAAAGAAUUAAAGUAUCUUCAUCAUGAUGCAGGAAUAAUGAGAAAUGAAACAGAAACAGCAGAAGAGAGGGUAGCAGAGCUUGCCAGAGAUCUAAUGGAGAUGGAGCAAAAGUUACUCACAGUUACCAAAGAGAAUAAAGAUCUUACAGCACAAAUUCAGUCCUUUGGAAGGUCUAUGAGUUCUCUGCAGGAUAGUAGAGAUCAUGCCAAUGAAGAACUAGAUGAACUGAAGAAGAAAUACGAUGCCAGUCUAAAGGAGUUGGCACAACUGAAAGACGGCAUGAAAGGAGAAGUUCUUGUUUCAGCAGCUGACUUUCCAAAGAGCUCCAUGGAAGGGAAGAGUCAGUCUCACCUUGAAAAAUUUAACCAGCAGCUCUUAUCCAAAGAUGAACAACUGCUUCACUUAUCUGCGCAACUGGAAGAUUCUUACAACCAAGUGCAGUUUUUUUCCAAGGCUGUGGUGAGUCUACAGAGCGAAAGAGAUUACCUGUUAAAUGAGCUGUCAAGAUUCCACAAGUCUGAGGAGGGGAAGCAGCGUUCUGCAGCCCAGCAGCCAACACCCAGCUCAGCUGAAGUACAGAGCUUAAAAAAAGCCAUGGCAUCACUUCAAAAUGAGAGAGACCGGCUACUACAUGAAUUAAAGAAUCUGAAGGAAUUACAGAAACAGUACAUACAAAUUAAUGAAGAAAUCACAGAGUUACGUCCACUGAAAGCUCAGCUUCAGCAAUAUCAAGAGAAAGUGAAAGAAUUGCAGAUUGUGCAGGAACAGUGUCGGCAAGAAAAUCUCUCCUGGCAACAUGAAUUACACCAGCUCAGGGCAGAGAAGAGUGCCUGGGAGACUCAUGAGAGGAGAAUGAAAGAGCAGUAUCUUAACACGCUCUCGGCAAAGGAUCAGCAGUUGAGUCACCUGCAGAACUUACUAAGCAACCUGGGAGCUUCCACCUCCAAGACACAGAACCAAAAUCAGCCAUCUCCAGGGACAUCAGUUUCCCUAAAUGAGUCACAGAACUUAGUUUAUGAAAGAGAGCUUCUCAAAAUGCAGCUGCAUGACCCUUUAAAGGAAAUGCACCGAAAGGAAUUAAGGUAUCAGCAAAUAAAUACCAAGUUUUCUCGGUUACUUGAGGAGACAAAGAAUCUUUCAGUUCAGCCUUCUGCUGCUCCUUACAGCUUUUGCCAGAACCAGCAACACUGCAGUGCCCUUUAUAAUCGAUGCACAGUUUUGGAGAAGCAGGUUUGAGAGCUAGCUGCUGUACCAAGGAAUAUAGUAAUGACUGCUCCAGGAGCUCCUCAGGAAGGGAGUGAAGUUCACACAAAGAGUGAGCCUGAGGAACCGAAGGAGCUGCAACCAAGCUUUUCUGAAGUCCAAAAGCAACUGAGCAAUGCUAAACAAGAGGCGAAUGAAUUAAGGAAACUCCUGGAAGAAGAGCGAAACCAGAGAGUGGCUGUGGAACAUGAGUUCUCUGAGGCUAAGGAGCGAGUCAAAAGAUUGGAACGCAGUGAAUGGGACACUAUUCAAAUGGAUUCCUGUGACCCCCAGGAAAAGACAUUAUUAUUGGAUAUGACAAGCAGCAGUUGUCAAAGGACCCGGAGUGGUGUCGGAUGGAAGCGGGUCCUGCGUUCCCUCUGGCAUUCCCGGAACCGAGUGCCACUGCUUGCCGCCAUCUACCUUCUGAUGGUUCACGUUUUACUCAUUCUCUGCCUCUCUGGCUAUUUUUAA